AUGGCCACGACACGGGUUGUCUAUCGCGGCAACUGCCACUGCGGCCGCUACCGCUACGAGCUGUCGCUACCGGAGGAGAUCACGUCGGCGACGGCCUGCGGCUGCACGCUUUGCGCCAAGAAGGGGUACCUCUGGGUGGUGGCGCCGCCUGACGAGGGCAGCAGUUUCCGCGUGGUGCGCGACGACGGGCGGCUCGUCGAGUAUUCGUCCAAGGCCCUCCGCGACAAGUUCUGCGGCCACUGCGGCACGGGCGUGACGGGCGAGCACACGGCCGGGCCGUUGCGAGGGCAGUUUCUCGUCAACGUCCGGGCGAUACAGGGCGUGAACCCGUUCGAGCUCGAAACAAACGUCACGAUCGUCGACACAGAGGAUGAAGGACGCAUCGUCGCCGCGACGGGCGAGCCGCCUGCGCAGCACGUCUUUGCGUGCCACUGCGGAAACGUCCGGGCAGAGCUCCUGGCGCCUCUAUCCGAGCAGCAAGUCAAGGAGGACAACUGCAGCUCAUGCGUGCGUAACGCCUACGUCGGCGCGUACCCGACCAAGGACCAGGUCCGCACGCGCGGCAAAGACGAACACGCCUUCGAGUACUUUGGCCUCGGGGCGGAGGAGACGGGGCGCAAAUGGGGCGGCCUGGUGCAUUGCUCGACGUGCGGCGUCUUCGUCUUCAACGUCAUCUACGGGCCGCCGCUCAGCGUCUUCGACAAGCUCCCGCCGGAGCGAAAGGCCCGCGCCCUCGAGGCGUACCGCCGCAACGUGAGCUUGCUGCCACUUAACGUGCGCGCCUUGGAGGGCCUCGGCCGGGAGGUCCAGCUCGGCGGCCUCGGGGUCGAGCGCGCGGACGAGGGAACGGACGGCUACGCGGAGCGGCUGGGGAGAUGGGAAGCUGAGUAA